CAAUAAAUAGAUUAUUCAAAAUGUCAUAAUAAUAAUAUAGAUAUAUUGCAGUUGAUGUAGAUGUCAAUUGUUGGUCCAGUCACACUAUUAUAUUUUCAAUGGUCUGUAAUCAGUUUUGUAUACAAACCUCAAUCCGUACAAUAGCAGUUUCAAAAUAUACUCAGGUAUUGGCAACUAUCAAUCAUUUGUUUCCAAAAAUGUGUUCAAUUUAAAAUGUCAGUAAUUAAAAACCACUUAAAAGAUGAUUUGUCGACAACCGGUAAACCAAAACCAUCGACAAUAAAUGUUAACCGAUGUCGUAGUACCACGACACAUAGAGAGGGUGGACCCGUAGAUACAGAUCUGGAAAUGAGUGAAUGUCCAUCAGUUCCUCUACGAAUAGAAGAAAAUAUUUUAUUGAGAAGCAUGACGGCCAAUCGAGGAAUGAUAUACCAAUUUAGCGUGUGGUAUAGCAAACAAUUCACUAUGCCUUUGUCGUAUUUAAUUGGAAUACCACUUGGUUGGCUGUUACUUGGCACAUUUCAAUAUUUUGUGUGUAUCGUCAUUUUGGGUGACAGUUUCUUAGACCCAUGGUAUUUCACGUGUGCUUGGAUAGUGGAAGUAAUUUCUAUGCUCCCCGUUAUUAUGAUUAUUACAAUCAUUAAAUGUUUGUACGUGCAAGUGGAAAUACUGGAACACUGUGAAAAAGUAACAUGGAUUGGUUUUACAUUUUUACUUUUUCAAGGGUUGGCCAUUAUAAUACUUUUGCUUCCAGUUAGCAAUUUAUUUAAAUACAUAUUUGGCGAUUUUUCACGACCGAUAAAUUUUUUUAUUUAUUGGAUGAUGUUAGCUUUUCCACACAUCAUGAUUUUAUGCUUUGCUACAUUUGGUUGUUGUUCAAAAAUACAUACAGCUAACAUGCAGUCAGUUGGAAAUGUCAUUAAUCAUUGAAGGGGAUAAUUUGAUGUUUAGAUCGUUUUCGCGACAUUUCCGUUAUGCUAAUAAUUGGAAAAAGCAUGGAACUAUACAAGUGCAUUUCGAAACAACUAAUCAGCGGAAAGCAAUAAAAAUUGAUAAUAAUAAUAUUGAACUACAAGAACUUAAUUACCAUCCAAUAUUUCGAA